UUUUAUGUAUACAUAGAAACCUUUAUUCGGGAUAUCUUCUUUUCUGCUUUUUUUUUUUUCAAAAACUACUUGACGGCAACUCUUGAACGCACAGCGAGGACGCAGCGCCAAAAACAACCCCUUAAAGGAAAUACACAGUUGGAUGCAGAAAAUGAGUUUCGGGGCGAGCUGGUGAACCAGCGGUGGACACGAGGCGAGAGGACCAGCAGCCGCUGUCAGGCCUCCCAGAGACUGCAGAGCCGUCGACCAAUCAUGAUGAGUGUAGAGGGUGAUGACAAGCGAGCUCGCACUCGGUCAAAAGGAAUCAGAGUUCCUAUUGAGCUCGUAGGACAAGAGCUGAGCUGCCCCACCCCUGGAUGCAAUGGCACUGGUCAUAUCAGUGGGAGAUACUCACGACACAGAAGCAUCCUCGGCUGCCCCAUAGCGAGAAAGCGCCGCCUGGAGGAAGCCGAGCAGGAGGAGGAACAGGAAUCGGAACGUCCCGCCUCCAAGAGGAAGUCCCACCCCCUGAAACUAGCCCUGGACGAGGGCUUCAGCGCAGAGAGCGACGCCAGCAGCGAGGCCGAAAACGAUGGGGAGAAACCAGAGCAGUCCAAGGAGGAGGAGGAGGAGGAGGAGGAGGAGGAGAGGGAUGCAGGUGUAGAAGAGGAGGAGGAGGAGGAGGAGGAGGUGACAGAAAACCUCCAGCAGGAUGGACACACAAACGGACCAGAGGAGGAAACACAGCAGAAGGAGGAGGAGGAUGAGAGAGAUCAGAAGGAGGAGAAAUUUGCUGCAGAUGAAGAGGAGGAGUGUGUGAUUAUCGAGGCCGCCGCCGCUGCCGUCACCUCCACCGAGGAGGCCCGGUCGCCCUCGCAGAGCGCCGAGGAGGUGGCCAACUCGCUCCUCCACCUGGGCCGAGUCUCUGGCAACAAUGCUCCGAGUGUGGCCAUUCAGCAGGCUGUUGCCAUGGAGACUGAGGAGGAUGUCAGCGCGGCAGCCGAGCGGGGUGAAGAAGUAAAGGACGAGCAGGAGGGGCGCAUGAAUGAGAGGGAAGAGGGGGAGGAGGAGGAGGCGCACAGAGUUCAAGUACUGGAGGAAUCAUCUGUUGUGCAGAAGGAGGCAGCUGACGUGGAAGACGAACAGUGCGUUGAAGACACGAGCGACCACGUGAGCCGAGAGCAUCCGACCGAAGGUGUCCACUGUGAAGAGAUCAAAGGUGACGAGGAUGCAGAGGAGGAGGAAGAGGAGGAAGAGAUGCCAGUGCAAAACAUGCAGGACGCUCCAGCAGAGGAGGAGGAGAAGGACGAAGAGGAGAAUACUGACCAUGUUCUGCCCGUUACUGAUGUGCCAACUGCCAUCCGCACCAUCACCAGCACCGCAGCCGCUCAGGGAACACACAUCAAGACUGAAGACCACAGGGCCAGUCCUCUGGAGGACUACAACUCCCACACCGCAAACCCCCUGGAGAACUACAACACCAACAGAGCCAGUCCGCUAGAUAAAUAUGACUCUCAUAAGCCCAGCUCGCUCCAGAGCUACAAGGCCAGCCCUCCUCUGAGCUACGGCUCCCACAGGGCCAGUCCGCUGGAGGACUACUUCCCCAUCCCCAGAGGCGAGAGCUACAAGAUCCACAAGGCCUCCUCCUCGGCUUCCCCCGACAUCAUCGAGGUGCGAUCGGACCGGUCGGAGGAGAAGGACUUCGACGACGUGGACGGGGACGACGAGCGUGACGAUGAGGACAGCCUGUCGCAGCGCUCCACGGUGACGGAUGAGUCGGAGAUGUUCGACAUGACCCGAGGGAACCUGGGCCUGCUGGAGCAAGCCAUUGCCCUGAAGGCAGAGCAGGUGAAGCCGGCCGUGCCCAGAGAGCUGCUCCGCUCCCCAGAUAUCCACCACCAGCGAUACUUCACCAUGGAGGACAGGCCCAAGCACCUGGACGUCAUCCGCAAGAGCUACUUCAGCAAAGAGAGCAGCAGGCCGGAGAAGAGAGAGAUCAAGUGUCCCACGCCGGGGUGCGAUGGGACGGGCCACGUGACCGGUCUUUACCCCCACCACCGCAGCCUGUCGGGCUGUCCGCACAAGGACAGGAUCCCCCCCGAGAUCUUGGCGAUGCAUGAGAACGUGCUGAAGUGUCCGACUCCCGGCUGCACCGGUCAGGGCCACGUUAACAGCAACCGCAACACACAUCGCAGCCUGUCGGGUUGCCCCAUUGCUGCUGCAGAGAAGCUGUCCAAGAGCCAAGACAAGCAGCAUCUCCCUCAGCCGGGCAUUGAGCACCUCAAAGGAAGCCCCAAUGACAGAGUGCUGAGGCCCAUGUGCUUCGUGAAGCAGCUGGAGGUGCCCCAGUACGGCAGCUACAGGCCCAACAUGGCUCCCUCCACGCCUCGCGCCAACCUGGCCAAGGAGCUGGAGAAGUACUCCAAGGUGUCCUUCGAUUAUGCAAGCUUCGACGCUCAAGUGUUCGGGAAGCGCACGCUUGCUCCAAAGAUGCCCACCAGCGAAACCUCACCCAAAGCCUUCAAAACUAAGCCCUCAUUCCCCAAGUCCUCGUCGCCCAGCCUCAGUCUCCAUGGUUACGGGAAGAGCUCCUCCUUGGCCUACGACUACUCCCACGACGCCGAAGCUGCUCACAUGGCCGCCACCGCCAUCCUCAACCUGUCCACCCGCUGCUGGGAGAAACCUGAGAACCUCAGCACCAAACCCCAGAACAAGGAAAUGGACAUUGAAGUGGAUGAAAACGGCACCUUGGACCUGAGCAUGAAGAAGCCCAUCAAACGGGAGGGCAGCCUGUCCGGCACCAGCCCCGGAGUGCGGUCCCCGGACCCUUCCUCCUCCUCAUCUUCCUCGCUGCACCACGGAGGAAGCAGCGGGAUGACGUCGCCGAACCUGCUGAGCUACAAGCAGGAAGAGUGGGAGGGACCGCUGGACUACACCAAACCCAACCGCCAGCGGGAGGAGGAGCUGGACGAGAUGGAGCACACCGGCCAGUCGUACGUCUCCUCAGACCCAGAGGACUGUGACAUGAUGCAGGACUGUCUGGAGGACAGGAAGUACCCCGGAGAGGUCACGACCCCGAACUUCAAGGUCAAGUUUCAGCCAAAGGACGCCAAGAAAGAGCUGCUCUCGUGUCCCACGCCUGGCUGUGACGGCAGCGGACACAUCACUGGAAACUAUGCGUCCCAUCGCAGUCUGUCUGGGUGUCCUCUCGCUGAUAAGAGCCUUCGGUCCCUCAUGGCAGCCCACACCCCUGAACUCAAAUGCCCGACUCCAGGAUGUGACGGCUCUGGUCACAUCACAGGAAACUACGCCUCUCACAGAAGUCUCUCUGGGUGCCCGCGUGCCAAGAAAAGUGGAAUUAAAACUCCUACCAAGGACAACCAGGAGGACUCCGAGCUUUUAAAAUGUCCGGUGCCGGGAUGCGACAGUCUGGGUCACAUCAGCGGAAAGUAUGCAACGCACCGCAGCGCCUACGGGUGUCCGCUGGCCGCCCGCCGACAGAAGGAGGGUCUCCUGAAUGGGACGCCCUUCAACUGGAAGGCCUUCAAGACAGAGGGUCCCACCUGCCCAACGCCGGGGUGUGACGGCUCCGGACACGCCAACGGAAGCUUCCUCACACACCGCAGCCUCUCAGGAUGCCCCAGAGCCUUGUACGCCAAGAAGAAGGCCAAGUUCCCCACAGAGGACUACCUGAGCACCAAGUUUAGAGCCAGCGACGUUUUGGACAACGACGAGGACAUCAAGCAGCUCAACAAGGAGAUAAACGACCUCAAUGAAUCCAACAAUGAGAUGGAGGCCGACAUGGUGAACCUGCAGACUCAGAUCUCCUCCAUGGAGAAGAACCUGAAGAGCAUCGAGCACGAGAACAAGAUGAUCGAGGAGCAGAACGAGGCUCUGUUCAUGGAGCUGUCCGGCCUGAGUCGCGCCCUGAUCCGCAGCCUGGCCAACAUCCGCCUGCCGCACAUGCAGGAGCCAAUCACUGAGCAGAACUUCGACAGCUACGUGAGCACCCUGACCGACAUGUACACCAACAAGGACUGCUUCCAGAGCCCGGAGAACAAGGCGCUGCUGGAGAGCAUCAACAAAGCCGUGAAGGGCAUCAAAGUCUGAGGCUCGACACACUCAGACGGAGAGAAAACCCAAACUGUCCUGAAGCGCAGAAAGCGUGACAGAGGUGGAGAGGGAGAGAUGAAGAGAUGUUGAAAUACUCUACAAUAUAUUGAAAUAAGAUUCAAAAACAAAAAAGGGAAUUCAGGUUACUUCAAUAAACAGCAACUUAAAAAAAAUCAACCCAGGGAGCACUCUGUUGAAGAAAAGUGACGCGGACCAAAAUCCACACCAUGCUGCUGCUGGGAUUUCAUCGGAGGAAACCGAUUCCUUCAGUCAGAAUGGAUGGAAAAGAAGAAUAAUGUUACUGGAAACUGUUAUCUGGGGGUUUUGAUAAUAUGCUGUAUGUUUACCUGUUGUCUCUUUUGUGUCCUUAACUGUUUCUGGAGAGGGUUUUUAACCGUUGCGCCGGUCAAAAUAGUGCUUCGCUUCAGCCGUGAAGACGUGGAGGAAGGCGGGGACGAGAAAACUCUCAGCAUCGCCGUCCUGUAGCAUUCACUGUGGCUUCGAAAAGCUCUCCGACCCACGACCACACACACCCCAGCAAUACGAAGCGUGCACUAAACUGAAGAUGUGUUUGCUUCGGGUGGUUUUACUGCAGCAAAGACGUCAGCGGAGAUAUAAAAAUCACCAGACAGAUCCAGGAAGAGAUGAUAUCAUGUUUUAAAAAGCAGCAGAUUAACCCUUUUACCCCCCUUUUUUAAUUUAAACUGAAAUGAUAAUAGUAAUAGUGUGCACUCAUUUCAAAUUCAGUUAGUCAUAUCAAUAGUAUUUAUCGACAUAGGAAUUGCACUUCAUUUCAAUGAAUAGUUUUGUGGUACAAUAAUUAUUGUUAUAUAUGAAUUAUUUAAACUUGUGAACUUUUAAAUUGUAACUUAUUGCCAUUUAUGUUAUUGAGGUUUAUUUAUUUGAAGCAAUCUAUUUAUUAACUUUGUUUUGUAAAACACACGCGUAAAAAAUGCAUCUUUACUGAUUAUCACGGUCGAAUUUGCAGAUGUUUCAAUAUUUUAAAAAUCUAUAUAGAUAACUGACAAGGCAUAUUUUGUUUUGGAGUACUUUUUUAAAGCCUUUUUUAAGUGCAGAUGUUUUAUAACGACACUUUUUUUUUUCUUCUUUUGAUAAUUUUACAAGAAAAAACUUUUUUUGGUUGUUCUUGUGUUUUUUUUCCCUUUUUGUUUGUGUUCCUAUUUGUGUUACUGCUACACUCAAAACAACACUGCUGAGAAGUUAAAAAAAAGUAUGUAUUUAUUAUUUAUUUAAUAAUAUGAAAGAAAUUGACUGAUAUGGCUGUAUAUUUAUUUUGUUAUUUAUAUGCGUGAUGUGACGGUUGAGUCUUGAGUAGUCUCAAAGAUCCACUGCUAAUAUUUAAAUAAAGAAACAAAAUCAAUACAAAUACUGUUUGAUUGCUAAUGCCGAGACAUACCAGCAGCUGAUUGUAAAAAUAACCCAACAAAAGCAAUCACUGUUCUGUUGCUAUCUGGUCUCUCUGUGUGUUUGCUUUUGUCAGGUGAAAAGAAAAGUGUAAAAAAAAAAAACAUAAUAGUUUGAAAAUGUUACCUCUCCCAAGCGCUUUGUAGCAGCCAGCACCGGCUCACCCAAAACCUCUGUGAUGUACCAUGGCUGCUUAAUUACUACUUUUUCUUUUAAACAAAUUCUUAUUUAUUCUUUUCAUCAGUACAAUGGUACAUGUAUAGAGCUCUGUUUCCAGCAGUGUUUUAGUCUGGAUGUAUGGGUCUAAAACACACCAACACAGCGACAUAUCCAACCCUAGAGGAUACUGUAGGAUGGCCUCCUUUUGACAAACUUCUAUCAGAUAAACAUACACACCCUUGUAGCCUUACUCUAGAUUUUAAUUUUUUGAUGCACAAAGUGCCACUGAGAAAAAAAAAAGAAGAAGAGAACUCACUUUCUUUCCUGAUUCUUCGCAUUUCUGCAAUGUAACAAUGUCUGGUCCUGAGAAGACCACGGCAUCAAGAGAGUGGUGAUUGUUUCAGAUGCCUUUAUUUCUCUGCCAAGAUGGCCAUAAGUACACUAUAAAUACAUUCUGUAUAAAUAGAUUUUAAAGAUGCUAUAUAUAUGAAUAUAAACAUACAUAUAUUUUUCCAGUGUAAUUGUUGACUUGCUCUUCUUCUUCUCUUGUAUUACCUUAUCAAAGGAUCACUAGCUGUUUAGAAGAGAUGUGAGGGGGCGUUAUCAAUAGGAGGCAGUUACACCUUAUUUAAUAUCACUAAGACCUGCUCAACUGUGGCUUUAAACAUACCGUUCAGUCAAGCUGAAGGCAAAGUAGGCACAUUGUUGAUGAUACAGUACUUUGGAAAUGUUCUCAUAGGUUUCCUUUUCUUUCUUUGAGUUCUUUUAUCUGUCUGUCCUUGAUCCAGAACUGUCAAAAAACAUCUACUGUUUGUUGUACUACUGAAUCUGAGAAAUGACAUGUCAAUUUGAAACUAGAUGGUUGGCUCUUUGUUCCUAAGUGUCAUGUGAGUCCAUGUGUAGUAAAUGGGAAAAAAACUGAAAAAAAAAGAAAAAGAUGAUGCCUCUGAAUAAUGUUCUGCACAUAGUGUUUAGCGACAUUGUGCAGUUAUUGUACUAUUAAUGGUCAAGGCCUGCUCGCUGUGAGCCCUCUAAUGUAACGAAACAAGCAAGUAGGAGACUUUAGUGUAACCUGCCUUUGAGUGAUGCGUCGCAGCUGCUGUGGUGUACAGUAUGAUACCCUUGUUGAUGUCAAAGGCAUGUUGUAAAUGUGCUUUUAGCCAAUGUAGAAUGAAACUCCUUUGUGCACUUUCUGAAUAACCGUUGAAAAUGCCAGCAUUUGACUUGUGAGAACCCCAAUAGAUAGAUCACGGGCAAUAGCGUUGUCCCACCUGUUUGUUGCUGUUCACAUAGAAAUAAACCACCUGUAGGCUGCGUCGGUAGAGACAUGUGUUUGAUUCAGGGGGUUCGAAAUGUAUUUUUUAAAAAAAGGAAGUGGUACUUUCUUUUUCCAAACAAAAAAAAACCAAAAGAGAUUGACAGGAAGCAGAGUUUGGUUCUCAGGUGACCGGGGAGAGCUGCUAAAGCAGAACAGAGCAAUGCCAUAGGUCAGCCAGUCAGCUGAAGCUAGAGGCGAUAGCAGCGGCUGGAUCAAGGCCUCGUGUGAAAUGAGAUGAGUGCGUGGGAGUGGGAAAUUGAUUUGCCAGGCUACACUAUCUCCCCUUUGUUUUAGGAGGAGGCGUUUGUUGCAUAAAUACGUGUCCGUCACUCAAAAGAAUGUCAAAGCUUUUUAUGACUUUUAAACCCCCACCUCCCCCCAGCCCUCCACCGCUCCACUCCCCUCUGUUGUUCACGUCUUGUCUAACCUUUCCUCAGGAAGGAUAGUUUGGAUGCAUUUGGUUAACAAAGUAGCGUAUUCCUUCUCUUGAAAAUGCACGAGAAUGCUACCCGAGAGUGUUAAGACUGUGAAUAUUCUCCUAACUUAUUUGAUAUGGCAUGACCCCUUUUAAACUGCUUGAUGAAAUUGUCUACUGAGGUAUGUAAAUGAAUAACACUGAGGCCAUGAAAGCAUAGCAUUUUCACAAAAAUGUCAGCUGAGAAAGCGAACGCAGCCCACAGUCGGUUCUGCGCCCACGCACUGUAUGUUUUCUUAUUUACAUAAAAGUACUGAGUGAUGGAGUGAGGAGUUUUAUUAUUCUAAAUAGCAAAGGAACAACAAACUGGUCAGGGUUCAGUUCCCCCCUGAAGCACCUGGGAUGAAAUUAAACUUUCAGGGAAACCAGUCUGCACCAAAAUCCAGGUGUGUGUUUAAGGUUUUAUUAUUGUGGGGGGUGGGGGGCACCUUUUACCUGUCACGAGCAGGGCGCACCGCAUAGAAAAUGACUCACGAUAAAGAAAUGUCAAGCUGAGUGGCACUUUUUCAUCAAGCUGAGCAAAACCAAAAGAUCCUCGCCCCUCCAAACCAACCACCUCCCCUGCUGUAGUCUCCAAGCUGUGUGGUCUUAACAUGUGUGCCUUUCUCACUCCACUCAUUUCAAGAUAGGGUAUGUUUACACCUGGUUCUAAUACUGCUGAAAACAUUCAGUCUGGAUCUAAAUGUCUUACUUUUUCGCGGGGGAGGGGCAGGUUUUACUCUGUAAAAAUAAAUGUGUCUUUUACAUGCAGGCAUGAGGCCAUUCUGUGACAGACAUAACACACAAAAAAACAAACGACGAGCUUUUUGUUAGGCUAAAGAAACUGUGAUCUCAUUCUGUCGAUUCAGGUACCAAACUGCAUGGACAGUUUCUGUGAAGGAAAUCUGAAGAACAUCAUCGUCAUUCAUCCCUAGAUAAUGCAUCAGUGUGCAGGGCAUUAUUUUGAAACAAGUGGAAGUCUGUGUACAUAUUUGUAUUAAGAAGAAAAACAGUGUUAUUGUUGUUGUAUUGAAGACAAGUUGAAAAUGGUUUCCCAAAAAAAAAAAAAAAAGAUUAGUUUGUGACAAAGAAAAAAAAAAUCCACAGCCAAGGGUUGUCCUGCUAGCACAUUUUUACAGAGAUGAGCUAUUUUUACUGGUGAUUUUCUAGGCAUUGAUAUUGAUAUCCUUUAAAAAGAAAAAAAAGUACUAAACUUCCAAAAUUACAAGCACUUCCACAACAAUAGAUUGUAUGGUAAUUUUUGUUACUUUUGUAGACGUGCUCGUUCCUUUGCUACUGCACCGUUUUUUGUAAAGUGGGACAGGCCUUGGCUGUGUGUCCUCGGGGUCUCAUGUUUUUUUGUUCAUGUUUUUUUGUUUUUAUUUUUGUUCGGGAAGUAAAACACUGUAGAUGGGCCGAAUUUGUGACUGUGUGUUUGUGUACUUGUGUACAUGUUCCUGUUCCUGUGUCAGUGUUAUAAAGCAGAGAAGUGAUGUCAGUUAUUGUGGGGGUAUGAAGCAUUUUAAAUGUUCUCUAUGAAAAACACAAAUAAAGACUCAUAGACAAA